CGCCAUAGUUAGUAAACAUGUCGACACACACACAAUGGCACUGGAACCUGCUGCCUAGUGUCAUUUUAAUUGAAAUUCUUUCUUAUCUUCCUCUGUCUGAUAGAAUAAGUGCAUGCUCCACCUGUAAGGCAUGGCGCCCUGCCCUUUUCCACCCCAGUUUUUGGCGAAAGAUAGAGUUGGUGUUUAAAUCCUGUGAUUGGAAUGGGUUGGAGCGGUCUCGCUUUGUGGCCUCUUGGGGCGUCAGGAAAUUACGCUCUUGUGUCCUCCACCUGGAGACUGUCAACACUAAUUGUCUGGUGGAAGCUGACCAUGUCCUCCUCAAGCUCACCAGAAACCCUCAGGUGGAAGAGCUAAUUUUGCUGCCCAGCCAUUGCCAUACAUUCAUAAAGGGACAUGAUCGCCCAUACUACUUUCGCCACAACAAUAACAACAAUAACAAGAACACGGCAACACAUACCCGGUGUUUACCAUGUUCAAGAUCAUCAUACCAGUUCAUUGAGAGAGCCCAAGAAUCGUUGCAGUGUAUCAUCAGCAAUAGUCGAAAUCUGCGCACUCUUACACUAGGCUGCAUCCAGGACCUGACUGAUCAAGCUGAUAUAUUUCUUCCAUUGCUGGCCCAUCACCAAUCCACUUCCAUCUCGACACUUGGUUUGGCCUCAGUCAAGUAUGAUCCAGAUUCUUAUGCCCUGCUUGACAUCACUCCAGACAAUUUUACUGCCUUCACAAACUUGCAGGUUCUAACCUUAGAUUAUGACUACAUGAGUGACCGUCUUCUGAGUAUCUUGUCCUCACCCUACAACUCCCCUAUAAGACGAUUAAUUCUCCAUGUCCAUGGAAUUGAUCAGACCCAUCGUGGCACUACCGAGUACAUGUGGUAUCGCUUCAAGCAACAGCAUCCUCAGUGCUCCUUGGUAAUGAACUUAGUACAUUCUUAUGAUGGUGUGGAGCAACUGGGGUCUGGUCUGCUUCAUCCCUCCAUGCCCCUUACACACUUCAGAGCUUUCUUUUGUGAGUGGAUCAAUGUAGCAGCCCUCCGCCUGAUGAGCAAUUGGUACAGUGAAACCUUGCGUCAUUUGACUCUGGUUGACUCCUUGUAUCACAGUUGUUGGGGGAUGCUCACUGAGGGUCGUGAUGAAGACCAAGAAUCCCCAGACCCACUGGUCAUGUUGGCUUGGAAAUGCAAACACCUGGAACAUCUCACACUACUAGGUUAUGGAUAUGGUGGAAGUGAUGUUGUUGCCAUUGCAAGACUCCGUGGCACUGGCCUGAAGGAUUUGUGUAUCCCAGAAGACUGUCUUGAAGCUGAUGACUCCCAUGAAUUAGCAAAUGAAGAGGAUGUAGAGAAUAUUGCUGAGGAUGUUUCAGCUGGAUUGGGUCGAACAUGGCGACCAUUGGCCUUGUCAGACCUUCAUCCUUGUGUUCGUACCACAAGCAGUUUUGACACUGACCAAUACAUACUCCCAAUUGUUCUCGCAGAUUCUGUGAUAAGUUGAGGCUCACAAAACAGUAAGUUAAACAGCUACACAGUUCACCAAGAAAUAGAGGUAAAGUACUUUUAAUAGAAGGUAGCAAAAGAUAUGUGGUACUUUUAAUAGAAGGUACUGAAAGAUAAGAGAUUCUUUUAAUAGCAGGUAGCAAAAUGUAUGAAUGUAUACACAUCAUGAAAAUAAGAAUGUAUUUAUAAAGUAUUUUAAAAACUAUUAAAAUGUAUUAGAAUAAAAAGGCUGAAAUUAAUAUAGAGCCGUGUAUAUGAACUUAGGCCCCAUUAUUCAUUAAUGAUACACAGUGUUAAAUGAGAAAAUUUACUGAGAAAAUAUUGACAUAAAUAUGGUACAAAAACUUAUCUGGUAACAUAGGAAAAAUUCCUUUUAGGAUGAUUGUGGCAAAAGGGUAAUAUCAGCAAUCCAUUACUGAUGUAUUCACCAAGUUGUAUAAAAAGCAUUGUACUUCAUGGUAUUUUGCAUAGUUUGUUCUCUACAAAUGAUGGAUGCUAACACAAGGCAUGUGUAUCAGUCAUUCAAUAUGUUCCUCUAGGAUUACCCAUAUAUGAUACCGGUAUGAGUCAGGCUACUCUAUUAUUGUCAUAAUACACCUUUUUAAUUUCUUGCACCUAAUCUCGUCUAAUGCAGUUAUGCCCUAAUUUCUAGGAUAAAAACCAUUAGUGGUUAUUUCUAGGCAAUCAACAUAAAAUACUUAAGUUUUACUAGAUGCUGAUUUACAUCUUAGGCACCUGGCUAAACUAGACCCUAGUUUGAGGCCUAGAAAGGUUGCAUAUAAAUUUUUGAGGGGAAAAAAAAGUUAGGAUAGUUCUUUUGUAGUUCAUUGCUGUAGUUAACCGUGUAAUGAAUAUACUUUACUCAAAUCAACCUGCCAUAUACAUACAGUACAUGUUUUAAAGGAAUCCAUAGCAUUAAAGCAAAAUGUAUGAUUGUUUUUUAAACUGUGAUCUGAGGAAUUAUUUGGAUUUACACAUUUUAUUAAAGCACAUUACCCAGUGUAUAUUUAAAGUUAGUCCUUGCUUUUUUCUUUUAAGUAAUUUAAUAUUUUAAGAAAAAUAUUUUUGUUACAUUUAUCUAAUACUAAGGUAAAUUUGUCACAUCGGUGAUAAUAAACAUAAUUAUUGUUUUACUAGUAUGGUCAAGAUCUAUAAUGUGCAUGCUUGUCUUUCGACUGUACCCAUGAAAUGGCAUAGUGGUUGUUGAACAACCCCAUUCUGUCAUACAAUUUGGUGAUCAUCAACCUACUGUAUUCAUGACUCAGAAUAACUCCAUAUUUUAUUAAAGGUGUUGUGAAGUGAGAAAUUGUUUGCAUAUGAAGAGCCAGUUCUUAAAAGUCAUGGUUAAGACUAUGUAUUGAGAAGCAAAUUAGUCUAGCAUAGAGUUGUAACCAAUACUGCAUGUGAUAUUGACAUUUUUUAAAUAAAUUAAAUGUUGGCCAAAUAGUUUAAGGAACUAUUAGAAAAGUAUACCUGCCACAUUCCCCCUGAAUACACAAAAUCCCAGCAUUAUUUACUACUCCUGGGGGAAAUAGUUCUCAUAUGGAUUUUGUAUUUCAUAAAUAUAGCAGUGCACUGACAAGGCUUGUGAAAAUAAUGAAAAUUUAUUUUUAUAUUUUUUUUUUUUUAAAUGUAUAUUUUUCAUUUAUAGGAGUGUCACUAUUCAUGUACAAAGUCCAAGUGUAUUAUAUAUAUAAAAUAACCAUGGUUGAAGCUCUUAAUUUAUGCUGUGACAUUCCCUCAUACAGAGCUUAAUGAUGGAGUGACAAUUUGUGUGCAUGAUUCUGAAGAUCAAGCUAUAUAAAUAGCAAUGAAUCAUGUUUGUGUAAAUACUCCUUACUCAUAACAAAAAAUUCUGCCAAGAUUCUACAUUCCACAUUGAGACUCUAUAAUGAACAAAUGCUUUUAAAAUAUUUCUUAGUAAUAGAUUAGACUUUAUUUAAAAUAUUUUUUGUAUCAUACUGAGCUAGUUUUUCCUUCUUAGGAAGUGUAAAAAAUCAAAAUACAUAAUUUAUCUGUCAUCAUCUCUGGAAUGUAAUUAUAUACAUACAGCCCCAUAGUGCACAUGUUUGGUAUUUGAAAGUAAUAUUACUUGAAUGGGGAGCACUUAAACUGCCUUCCUUCUAUUUCUCUAGCCUUGAGGGCAUGGUCACAUGCACACACUUUCCCUAGACAUUACAGAUGCAUUUUUUAUUUUUUAACAUACCAGCCAUCUCCCAGAGAGGCAGGGUGACCUAAAGAGUAAAAUGAAAGUUUUUCUUUUUAUAUUUAGUAAUUUAUACUGGGGAAGGGGUUACUAACCCCUUGCUCCUGGCAUUUUAGUCACUUCUUACAACAACAUGCAUGGCUAUGGAUGCCUUCUAGUGUUAAAUUCUUGAAGCAUCUAAAACAUUCAUGAAUUCUAAAUGCUGUAUUCAUGUUCACUUAGUGGUGGAGUUCACAUACAUCUUUGCCAAACACUUCGGCUUUUCAUUAUUUACUAGGCGAUUCACAUGUAAAAACUACCAAAGCUCUGCAGUUAAUGAAUAUCCUUGCAUGUGUAUUUGUUUGAUAACAGUCUUUGUAUUGAAGUAUGAAGCUGUCAUUAAAUGCCUAUUUCUUUCACUGCA